AUGGAGAAACCCCAGUCGUCCCGGAAGGACACCGUCUUGACUCGGCGGUAUGUCGAAGGCCUCAUUGCAGAAGGAAAACAUGUUAUUAUCUUCGAGGGCCGUGUCUUGAAGGUAGACGCCUGGAUCAAGUUCCAUCCCGGAGGAGACAAGUCCAUCAAGCAUAUGGUGGGCAGGGAUGCGACGGAUGAGAUCAACGCACUUCAUUCCCAAGAAGCCCGCGACCGCAUGCCCUCAUACCAGAUCGGUCGAAUUGAAGGAAUAUGGAUCAACUUCCUACCCCCGAUCCAGGGCGGCAAGUACCGUCCCUAUACGGAGGAAUCAUGCUCGACGGAGGAGGAUUCAACAAGUCAAGAGAGUUCCUAUGGCUCUAGCCACGAUGGAUCUGUUCCUCCCUCGCCAGUCUUCGAUGCGGUCGAUUCAAAAGCCUCAGUCCGUCAGAGGAAGUCGAACACAGCCACCGACACUGUUUUUUCGACCCCGAACGCACCGCCCCAGCCGAAGUUCUUGGAUGCCAGAACCAGAGAAGAGAUUGCAUUCGACAUUGCCAAAUAUCCUUCGUUGGACACCGCUAAUCAGGAGGAGAUCAAGCGCAAAUACCGUGAGCUGAAUGAGCGGCUGAAGGCCGAGGGUCUUUUCAACUGCAACUACUUCGCAUACUUCAUUGAAUGCUGUCGAUACAGCUUGUUCGCAGGUCUGUCAUACAUGUUUCUACGCAUGGAAUGGUGGGCAGCCUCAGCAUUUUUCCUAGGCUGCGUCUGGCACCAACUUGUGUUUACUGCCCAUGAUGCCGGCCAUAUGGGAAUCACACACAAUUUCCAUGUAGACAGUGUUAUUGGAAUUAUCAUCGCAGAUUACAUCGGCGGCCUGAGUCUUGGUUGGUGGAAACGAAGCCAUAAUGUGCAUCAUAUCGUGACCAAUGAACCCGAACAUGAUCCCGACAUUGAGCAUAUUCCAUUCUUUGCCAUCUCGCAUCGUUUCUUUGACAGUCUUCGGAGCACAUACUAUGACCGAGUCAUGGCUUUUGAUGUUCCUGCUCAAUUCCUGCUCAAGUUCCAGAACUACCUUUACUACCCUAUCAUGUCUCUCGCGCGUUUCAAUCUAACUGCCCUGAGCUGGGAGUAUUUACUGAAGCGCCAGGCUCCUCGAAAUGGUCCCGCCUGGUGGCAUUUCUAUUUCGAGCUUGUGGGGCAGGUUUUUUUCUGGACCUGGUAUGGCUACGGGAUUCUGUACAAAACACUUCCCGAUACCAGCAGUCGCCUGACCUUCCUUCUCAUCUCGAAUAUCGUUCCCUCCCCCCUGCAUGUUCAGAUCACCCUAUCUCACUUCGCCAUGUCAACUGCCGACCUAGGAGUUGGCGAGUCUUUUCCACAGAAGAUGCUCCGCACCACUAUGGACGUCGACUGCCCAACGUGGCUCGAUUUCUUCCAUGGUGGCCUGCAGUUCCAGGCCAUCCACCAUCUGUACCCACGCAUGCCGCGACACAAUUUGCGUCGUGCCCAACAGCACGUCCUUGAAUUCUGCCGUGAUACUGGUAUCCCAUAUGCAAUAUUCACUUUCUACGAUGGAAAUAAGGAGGUUAUUAGCCGUCUCGGCGAUGUCGCGAAGCAGCUCCGCCUCAUGGAGGAGUGCCGCAAAUCGAUGUCCGAGAAUGGUGUCUUCUCGGACCAUCACCAUUGA